GUCCAGUAACACUUACAUGUUUGCCUGAAUACAUGAAGGCAGUUAUUGGCAGAGAAUAUCUCACUUCAAAAGGCUGCUCUGAGUGUAAUCUGUACUUGAGUGACCAAGCCUGCAAACCUGAGAUUACAAGAGAUGAAUUUAUAUUCUAUAUACCAUAUGAUGGUUGUGGGACAAGACGGGAGAACAAUGGAGGGGUUAGCAGUUUCUCCAAUACUGUCAGCAGCCGUGGAACUGGUGUAAAUCCUCAGUUUAUCUUCAUCUGCAAAAUGGAGCCAAGAGCCAUGAAGGAACUGACGCACAACAUAGAUGAAAUGGAAUCCACGGAAGAAGGCCGAAAGCAAAGUGGAUUAUUCCAUAUGAAAUUUUUAUUUUAUGACUCACCUUCCUUCGCACGCCAAGUAGUUUCCAUGCCCUACUUUUUGAAGAUGAACCGGGACAAAAACUUUGAAGUCGAAAUCUCUAACUGUAAUCGGAGGCAAAUAUUCUUCGUAGACACCUGUUUGGCAUCACCUAGCCCUCAUGACUUCACAACUACAACACAUACUCUAAUACAGAACGGGUGUGUUAAAGAUUAUACCUAUACGGGUUCUUAUAGACAGAGGGUCACCCGCUUCAGCUUUAAACCCAACUUCAAAUGGUCAACAGUUUAUCUACAGUGCAAAAUUGUGGUGUGCAAUGCAUAUGACUCUAGAUCUCGAUGUUACCAAGGCUGCAGGCCCAGGCGUAAGAGAGAAAUAAGCUCUGGUCAAGAACACAUGCAAGUUAUUGGGCCAUUUAAGCUUCAUUAAGUAGUGUCACCUAGCAAUGAGGAUACUUUCAUAAUGACUCCGUUUGUGGCAUCAUCUUGAAGUAAUUCAUCACUGUAGACAGUUCCAUAGAGAAGCUGGCAUUUCAGAUGCCAGAAUACAUGCUUUGAUCUGCCUUUGUAACUCCGAUCAUCUGGUAUCUUUGUAGUCAAGAUGAAAGAUCUGUAAAACCUUUGGCUUCAAGUCACCACAAUUAGUUGGCUCACUGACUUAGCAAAACAAAUAAAGCUAGCUGU